AAGACAAAUUGUAGUGAGUAGGCAUUUACGACUUCUAACAAAUUUCAUCAAUGGCGUCCUUACUAAGGAGAAGAUCAUUUAGUAGCAGAUUUUAUUCGAGUGAAUCAUCAUUUGCUCAGAGGCUAAGAGAUCUGCCAAAGUACCUUCCUGGUACAAACAUCAAAACUCAAGUUUCUCAACUCAUUGGGAAAACACCUUUGGUUUAUCUUAACAAAGUGAGUGAAGGAUGUGGUGCUUAUAUUGCUGUUAAACAAGAAAUGAUGCAGCCUACUUCCAGUAUUAAAGAUAGACCAGCAUUUGCUAUGAUCAAUGAUGCAGAAAAGAAAGGAUUAAUCACCCCUGGUAAAACAACACUAAUCGAGCCAACGUCAGGGAAUAUGGGAAUAAGUAUGGCAUUUAUGGCUGCCAUGAAAGGCUACAAAAUGAUUUUGACAAUGCCAUCAUAUACAAGCUUGGAGAGGAGGGUGACCAUGAGAGCAUUCGGAGCUGAUUUAGUGAUCACUGAUCCAACUAAAGGAAUGGGAGGAACUAUUAAGAAAGCUUAUGAUCUUUUGGAAUCCACACCUAAUGCUUAUAUGCUUCAACAAUUCUCCAAUCCAGCUAAUACUCAAGCUCAUUUUGAGACUACUGGCCCUGAAAUUUGGGAAGAUACUCAAGGUAAUGUUGACAUCUUUGUCAUGGGAAUAGGAAGCGGAGGCACAGUCUCUGGUGUUGGACAGUAUCUGAAAUCGAAAAAUCCUAAUGUCAAGAUAUAUGGAAUUGAGCCAACUGAAAGCAAUGUAUUGAAUGGUGGAAAACCAGGUCCUCACGAAAUAACUGGCAAUGGGGUUGGAUUCAAGCCGGAUAUCCUUGACAUGGAUGUAAUGGAAGAAGUUCUGAUGGUUUCAAGUGAAGAAUCGGUAAACAUGGCUAGGGAGUUGGCAUUGAAGGAAGGCCUUAUGGUUGGUAUAUCAUCAGGAGCAAAUACAGUAGCCGCGCUUAGACUCGCCAACAGACCAGAAAACAAAGGAAAACUCAUAGUGACAAUACAUCCAAGUUUUGGAGAGAGGUACUUGUCAUCUGUUCUGUAUGAAGAUCUCAGGAAAGAGGCACAAAAUAUGCAACCUGUAUCAGUUGAUUAAUGGUCUAUUA